UUCUUCAGGACUGCAAAUAAAGGUGCCAAAGCGGGUUCUGGUGAUAACAAACUCAACUAUAUUUCACUUUGUACUCGCCAACAACCAUGGACAUGAAGAAGAUCUCCUGCGCCGUCCUCUUUGCCGCUGCCUCCAUGACAGCCGCUUUAGCCUCUUACGACGACGAGCACCAGGCUGACGUUACUUACCUGGCUCCUGCACCUGCACCUUUUUCCAGUGCCCCUGCCGCAACCCUGCCGGUGCUUGGAUCGGUGGUCGUAGCCUCAUUGGUAUCCCUUGUAGCAUACUACUUGCAAAGUCUCGGCAAAGAGAAGGCAAGGAACUUGAAAAAUCACUCACCUGAGGGUUGUACGGGAAGCUGAGGUAUGUGAACCAGCUGGAUUGAUUCACCCGUUUUUGUCUACUCCACGAGGUGCAUCUCUUAGGAUAGAAACAAAUUCUCGCCCUGCCCCCCUCCUCUUUUUUUUUUGUGUAAAUGUUUUUAGGCUUCUUUAGAAUGAGAUGAAUUUGGGUUUUACUUUGUGAAUAUUAUAAUUGUAAAAGAGAAAUAUGGUUUGAGAUUUUGGUACAAAUGUGUAUGAGGAAGCGAAAUUUGAAAAGAGUUUGGUAAAAAAAAGAAGAUUUUUGU